AUGUUGGAAGAUAUCGUGGCAUUUUCUAUACAGUAUUCUCUGUAUGCGGGUUACUUUUCAAUCGUCGGUGGUGUAAUUGGUAAUGCUCUCAAUAUUCUUACAUUAACUCAAUUAAAACUCUUUCGAAACAAUCGAUCCGCUUUCUAUUUGGUAGUUGAAUCCACGGCGAACUUUUUUAGUCUGUUCCUUUCUAUCGCUGUCAAUAUUUUAAUAUCUUUACGCGGUGAUGAUGCAACUGGAACGAACCUUAUCUGGUGCCGCUUUCGUUACACAACAAGUCAAACAAUAUCAUUGAUUACAUCGUAUACACUAUGCUUUGCUGCUUGCGAUCAAUUUCUUUCGACGAAUUUUCAAUUAAAUUUAAGAAAUAUCUGUACAAUUCGAUUGGCUCGAUAUCUGACCAGUAUAUUUGCGUGUAUUUGGCUCACUCAUAGUAUCGUAUUCGUUACGUUCUUCGAAAUUCAACCACAAGUUGGAUGUGUCAUAUUAAAUCCAAUAUCGCUGCGAUAUUCAACAUAUUUCUUUUAUCCAGCUUUAGUUGGCCUAUUACCGAUCUGCAUUGCAUCCUUGUUCAAUAUUUUGGCCUUUCGAAAUGUUCGUCGUAUAGUCCGUCGACAACUUCCCAUAGCCCGACGGCGAUUAGAUCAACAGAUGACGGCGAUGGUUCUCACACGUGUAGUGAUGCUAGUGAGCCUUCUUCUACCCUACACACUUUUUCGUAUUUAUGUCAUAAAUGUUCCUAUUGUUCCAAAUCAGUCGUUAUCGUAUGCAAUCAGACGUUUAUUUCAAGCAAUUGUUACAUCCUGCAUUGGGUUCAAUAAUUCGCUCAGUUGUUUCGUUUUUAUGAUCAUAUCACCACGGUACCGUCGUCAAGUGUCAUUUACUUUGAGGAAGAAAUGUUGGCGAAAAAUGAAAUCUGUAUGUUGCAUAGCAAGUAAUCAAGUCGCAGCUGAAAACUUACCUUCGCCGCACUCUUCAAAUAUCGAACUUGAAUAA